AUGUGGAGCGACGAGUGUUGGGAUGACGAAAUCUCCCAGACGCAGUCCGUAGCAGUGAAUAGGUCUUCCGAUGUUUCGCAACCGGAACCAGAACCGGAACUGAAAGCACCUUCGCACAAACCAUACCGCACAGAAAAGGAUUCUUACCGCCGUGAGAAACGUUCACGGGAUGAAGUGUCGUCCAAUGGCGAUAGGGUUCGGUUUCAAGUACAAAGCCAUUAUAUACCCAAAAUAAUUGGAAAACGAGGUGCUACCAUUCAAGAUUUACGAACACGAACCAAUGCACGCAUUGAAGUUGAUAAUAAUCGGGACGAUAGAAGCAUGGGAACUAUUACCAUUUCCGGCGACCCAGAAAACGUAAAAGCUGCUCAUAAAGCUGUGCAGGACAUCAUGAAUGGUACUACAACGGAAAGAUCGCGCGGUUCGGACUCUGCUCGGCCUCCUCGUUCUGGCUUCAGCAGUGGUUCGUCAAAUGAUCGACAUAGCCGUGACGAUCGUAGUAACCGUUACGACAGUGCCGGCGGAAGAGAUCGGUACAAAACAAGCGAUAGUUCUCAUGGUGGUGAUCGUGAUCGUGGUCGUGAUUUUUACGACUCGGGUAGUCGGUCGAACAACGCUUAUCGCGAAAGCUAUCAUUCAUUGUAUUCCGAUCAGCAUGAUACAAAUGAUGAAAUCAUCGACUGGGCAUCUCUGAACAAAGCGGCCGACGAAGCUGCCAAGGAACGAUGGGCCAAGUGCCCGGCGCUCGUGAAGUCGUUCUACAAUGAGCGAGAUGAAGUAGCGCAAAUGUGCCCGGCCGAAGUAGCCGCAUUUCGCGAGGCGAAUAACAACAUCGUUGUGGAACGCACCUUUAAGCAGGAGACUGGUAAACAGAAUCCAAUUCCGAACCCGGUGGUUGAAUUUCAUCAUGCGUUUGGAGAUUUUCCAGACUUGAUGGAAGAACUGCAUAAACAGAAUUUUAGCAAACCUUCUCCGAUUCAAGCACAAGCUUGGCCUGUACUAUUGCAGGGCGAAGAUCUCAUCGGUAUCGCACAGACAGGCACGGGCAAAACGUUGGCGUUUUUGUUGCCUGCGUUCAUUCAUAUCGAGGGACAACCGCUUCCGCGGGGUAGCCGUGGAGGACCCAAUGUCUUGGUGUUGGCGCCGACACGGGAGCUCGCGCUGCAGAUCGAGAAAGAAGUGGCGAAAUACCAGUUCCGUGGUAUAAAGGCCGUCUGUCUGUAUGGAGGUGGUGAUCGACGGGCGCAAAUUAACGUUGUCCGGAGUGGCGUUGAGAUACUGAUUGCCACACCGGGUCGUUUGAAUGAUCUCGUGCAGGAAGGUGUGGUGGAUGUGUCGAGCAUCACGUAUCUCGUGUUGGACGAAGCUGAUCGUAUGCUCGAUAUGGGAUUUGAGCCCCAGAUCCGUAAAGUAUUACUGGACAUACGCCCAGACCGGCAGACCGUUAUGACCAGCGCUACUUGGCCCGAUGGUGUGCGCCGGCUCGCACAAAGCUACAUGCAUGAUCCGAUACAGGUGUAUAUCGGUACGCUUGAUCUGGCAGCCACGCAUACGGUUACGCAGCUGGUUGAGGUAAUGGAUGAGGAAGAUAAGCUACAUCGUAUUAACGAAUUUAUCCGGGACAUGCAGCCAACCGAUAAAGUGAUCAUAUUCUGUGGCAAGAAAACGCGUGCCGACGAUCUGUCGUCCGAAUUUAUUUUGGCCAACAUCCCAUGCCAAUCGAUUCACGGCAAUCGGGAGCAAAUUGAUCGCGAGCAAGCCCUAGAGGACAUUAAAUCGGGCGCGGUAAACAUACUCAUUGCCACUGACGUUGCGUCCCGAGGACUUGACAUAGAGGACAUAACGCACGUGGUGAAUUACGACUUUCCGCGCAACAUCGAGGAGUACGUGCACCGUGUAGGACGUACUGGCCGUGCUGGGCGUAGCGGUAUAUCGCUAAGCUUUAUGACCCGCUCCGACUGGGCAGUGGCAGCUGAACUGAUCAAGAUCAUGGAGGAGGCCAAUCAGGAGGUGCCGAGUGAGGUGCGCGACAUGUCGAAACGGUUUGAAGCCCGCCGAGACCACCGUGGAGGUGGUGGUCGAGGUGGUCGAGGGGAACGGGAAAGAUUCGGAGGAAGACGACAGUGGUAG